GCCACUUCUAACAGUUGUCCUUGUGUUGUCGUCCAGACGUCUCUCUCAGCUGCAUCUCAUGCAGGCCACCGCCAGACUUGCCUCCCUCCAGCACAGUAGACCAUCGGCUCCCCAUGCGGCUACAGCAACUCCUCUUCUCCGCAUUCGCCCUGUCCGCCGGACUCGUCCGCUCAGUGUCCGCUUCUGCAAAUGAUGAUGAUGAAUUCCAGCUGCGCCAGCUGACAGACGAAAACUUCAAAUCGGAAACGUCCAACGGUGUAUGGCUUGUCGAGCACUUUUCCCCAAAGUGUGGUCAUUGUCGAGCAUUCGCUCCGACGUGGACACAGCUAGCCAAGGACUAUCAGCACUUGGAACGCUUGACAGGUUUCCACAUGACACAGGUGAACUGUCUCGCUCAAGGCGAUCUGUGUAACGCUAAUGGUAUCAAAUUCUACCCCCAAAUCAUACUGUAUGUCGACGGCAAACCCUCCCCCCACUACUCUGGCGACCGUUCUUACGAGGACCUCUCCAAAUACAUUGACGAACACUCCAACAAUUAUUCGGAACAGCUCCUCCUACAAUCUUCGACCGAACAAGGGACGUCGUUGGUGGGAAGAGCUAAUGAGGAGGGUUUGGUGAAGGAUGUGAACCCGGCAGAAUUGGAGAUGCUGAAGCAGGAGGGGGCGGUGUUGACAGAAUACUUUGCACCUUGGUGUGGACACUGCAAGAAGCUGCGUCCUAUCUAUGAACAGCUCGCAGCCACAAUGAAAGGCAAGGUCAACAUUGCCGCCGUGAAUUGCGACGAUCACCACAGCUUUUGUUCCAGCUCUGGCGUCAAAGGAUAUCCUACCAUCCGCAUGCUUCACCACGGCACUUCGACAGAAUUCACCGGUGCUCGAACGUUGAGCGCUCUCCAGAAAUUCGCAGAAAUGGGACAAGAGGCCGCCAGCAUCCAGAGCAUCAAGGCCGGUGACUUUGACGAUAUUGUAAAGGCCAACGAAGCGUUCUUUUUGUUUUUGCAGUCGUAUGAUACCUCUAGCGAGGAAGUGGAUGCUGUCAAGAAGGCUCUUGAGCCCCUUCUUGGAUCUGUACCCGCAUACACAUCCAGAGACCCGGCAUUGUAUAAACGCUUGCACAUCGCCAACCCACCGCCUACCUCGACACUACUCGCCUUUUCUUCCUUCUCUCCCCGGCCGGUAGGCACCAUUGCCCUUCCUGUUUCGCCCUCCGAUCUCAGCCGUUUCAUCACUCAGCACAAGUUUCCCACCCUCGUCCAACUAGACUCUUCCAACUUUCAGUCGCUCAUGAGGAGCGAUAGUCGUGCUGUGGUCGUGUUGGGCGCCGUACAUAAAGGGGAGGCCGGGAAAAAAGAGUUGGACGAGUUUGCGGAGGUUGCGAGGGCUUGGAAAAGGGGUGGGAGAAAGUUUCAGCAGCCUGUAUGGUUUGUCUGGGUGGACGCCGACAAGUGGUCGAGAUGGUUGAAACAGUUCUACUCAAUUAAAAAGGCAAACAUCCCUGCAAUUGUGGUUGUGGACACUCCUAAUGAGCAAUACUACGACACCACCAUCGAAGGCAACGAAAUCACCUUUGAUGGUGCCAGUAUCUUUUCCGUCCUUGAGGGUUUCUACCAACAUUUCUUGCGCCCAAAGAGAAUCGAAUCCACUCUAGAAUGGUCGUCCAGGAGCGCAGCUCAGACGUUGAUUAGCCUCAGUGCCGCGAGCAUUGAACAUCCUAUCUAUGCUCUGGCACUCCUUGUGGCAGUUGUGGGUGCCUUUGUGUACUUUAUGCAGAGGUGUAUCGGGAGGGAUCCAAGGGAAGGCAGUCCAAUUAGCGGUACCAGAUUGGACUGAUCUGUCAUGCCCUGUCUUGUUUGGAGAUUGGUGAUGAUACCCUGCAUAUAUGUUCUCUAUACACUUUCAUGUACUUGCAUAGUUUGAU